GAUUUCUAUGUUCGCAGUGCUGUGGAAAAUCUCGUUAACCAGAGCAACCCUAGGGCAAUGGAGCAUCUUCGUAACGAGUCGAGUGAGUUGUUUGGGGAUGAGCUGCUACAGCGGUCAUUCAGUGACCCCAACCUGCGUCAUCAGUCCAUUAGUGACCAGACAUUGGUGGCCAUGGCUCAGGAAGCUUCUAAGAAACUAGGUAUGGAGCAAGAACCAGUGUUGCGCGCAAUGGGCAGUGAAUACUUCAAGCUCUGCCUUGGAGACUACGGCCGCGUGCUGAGAAUUUUAGGCAGUAACAUUCUGGAGUUCUUCAGCAACAUUGAUGGUCUGCAGGACCAGGUGAAGGCAUAUCCCCGCUUCCAGGGCCAACAACCCCCAUCCUUCCGCUGCGAGAGAAAGGACGAUAAGCUGCUUCUCCACUUCUACUCUCUGCGCCACUCCAUCGUCAGCUUCGUUGCCGGCAUCGUCGAUGGCGUCUCCCGCUUCCUCUUCAGCACCGACCUUCAAAUAGAGAUCUCCCCCAGCAGAAGUCUGACCUCUCCGCAUCACAUCUUCUUCAUCACCAACUCCAACAACGAAAACUCCGCAAACCAGCUGUUUCGUUACAGUGUUAAUAUGUCCACGGACCCUAAUGAUUCCAAGAUCGGAGUCCGCACUUUUUGUGACUGUUUUCCCUUCCAUGUUGUUUUCGAUGAGAAUUUGAACAUUACGCAACUCGGUACGGCCCUGGCUAGAAUGAUAGUUCCCAAUGUGUCCUCCAAAGGCAUGCAUUUCUCCACUUAUUUUGACGUUCUCAAGCCAACGGUCAAGUUUAGUUUAUCGUCAAUUCUAUCAAGGGUCAAUUCAAGCUUCUUUGUGCGGACCAAGGGAUUGUCUAGCCAUCGUCUCUCAGAGAAUCUGGAGCUGAAGGGUCAGAUGCUGUUUCUACAGGAGACGAAUUCAAUCCUGUUUCUGGGAUCUCCCAGCGUUGAGAAACUGGAUGAACUCAUUGGAAAAGGAAUCUAUAUUUCGGAUAUUCCCAUUCACGACGCUACACGUGACGUCAUUCUAGUGGGCGAGCAGACCAAAGCACAGGACGGGCUAAAGAAGCGGAUGGAGCAGCUGAAGAGAAGCAUUGAGGCAGCUAGCAAAGCUGUGGACCUGGAGAAGCAGAAGAACGUUGACCUGCUGUUGGAGAUAUUCCCGCCAAAGAUUGCACAGCAGCUCUGGAGAGGUGAAGAAGUGGAGCCGACAACAGUCGAUGAUGUGACGAUGCUUUUUAGCGACAUUGUGGGAUUUACAGCCAUCUGCAGCACGGCCACUCCCAUGCAGGUUGUUGACAUGCUCAACUCCCUGUACACCCACUUCGACCAGUUCUGUGUGGACAUCGACGUCUACAAGAUAGAAACGAUUGGAGACGCCUAUUGUGUGGCUGGUGGCCUCCAUAGACCUAGUCAAUACCAUGCUCAACAAAUUGCCUGGAUGGCUCUUAAGAUGAUGUCGGCAGCCAAAGAGCAGAAAUCACACGAUGGAAACGUGAUUAAG